AUGGCUGGUAAAGAAGAGAUCAUCUGCUUGAUUGUGAAGCUGCUUGUGGAAUCUGCUUGUGUACAUCUGCUUGUAGCAUCAUCUGUUCACAAAAGGAUUCUUUUCCCAACUGUGAUGUUAGCUUUUGGUCUUAAAGACUGUAGGAGAGGGAUGUAUAAUGGAUCCCUCCCGAAUGGUGACAGAGGACGCAGGAAAAGCAGAUUUGCCCUUUAUAAGCGACCUAAGGCAAAUGGAGUUAAGCCUAGCACUGUUCACGUGAUUUCUACUCCCCAAGCAUCGAAGGCGAUCAGCUGUAAAGGUCAGCACAGUAUCUCUUACACAUUGUCCAGAAACCAGACUGUUGUAGUGGAGUAUACUCACGAUAAAGAUACAGACAUGUUUCAGGUUGGGAGGUCAACAGAAAGCCCCAUAGACUUCGUAGUAACAGAUACUAUUUCUGGAAGUCAAAAUAAUGAUGAAACCCAGAUUACGCAAAGCACCAUAUCCCGUUUCGCAUGCAGGAUUGUUUGUGACAGGAGCCCACCGUACACAGCAAGGAUUUUUGCAGCUGGAUUUGACUCUUCUAAAAAUAUAUUUCUUGGUGAAAAAGCAGCAAAGUGGAAAAAUCCUGAUGGUCACAUGGAUGGAUUGACAACUAAUGGGGUGCUGGUCAUGCAUCCAAAAGGAGGGUUCACUGAGGAGUCUAAACCUGGAGUUUGGCGGGAAAUCUCAGUCUGUGGUGACGUGUACACUCUCCGGGAAACCAGAUCUGCUCAACAAAGGGGGAAACUCGUAGAAAAUGAGACCAACGUCUUACAAGAUGGCUCUCUCAUUGACCUGUGUGGAGCCACCCUUCUGUGGAGAACGGCAGAUGGACUGUUUCACACUCCGACUCAGAAACACAUUGAAGCUCUGCGACAGGAGAUAAAUGCUGCCAGACCACAGUGUCCUGUUGGGUUAAACACUUUAGCAUUUCCCAGCAUCAACCGUAAAGAUGUGGUAGAAGAGAAGCAGCCUUGGGCAUACCUCAGCUGUGGUCAUGUUCAUGGCUAUCACAACUGGGGACAUCGCAGUGACACAGAAGCCAAUGAGCGGGAAUGUCCUAUGUGCAGAACCAUUGGCCCCUAUGUGCCUCUCUGGCUUGGUUGUGAAGCAGGCUUUUAUGUGGAUGCUGGUCCUCCAACUCAUGCUUUCACCCCUUGUGGACAUGUGUGCUCUGAGAAAUCUGCAAAAUACUGGUCUCAAAUCCCACUGCCUCAUGGUACUCAUGCAUUUCAUGCUGCCUGCCCUUUUUGUGCAACACAACUGUCUGGGGAACACAACUGCAUCAAGCUGAUUUUUCAGGGUCCAAUUGACUGAUAUCACUUUGCAAUGACCACAAUAACAUUUUCUUUAACAAUUUACUGUGAAGAUUUUGCCACUAACUCUAGAUUUUACCUUUUUUUAUAAUGUUAUUAAUAGGGUGGUAGGGUGGGGAUGGGGAACUGACAAGGCAAUUGUGAGGGACUGUGGUGGAAUUGGGAUACAUUGAUACCUGGAACUUGGCAGAUAUCAGUGGUGUUGCAUGCUCAAAAGCAGCAUAUUCAUGAAGUCUUCUUGGUCAAAUUGUAGUAUAUUUGUAAUCUUUUUAUUAGUACCCUGGAUCAGAAAAAGGUGUCUUAAUGAUUUUUUUAAGCUAAGAUUUUUUUAAUGGGAAGGUUUUUUCUUCUAAACUUUGACAAGCCUUGAAAACCUAUUUUUCAAAUCUAGAAGGAACAUACAGAAUGUAACUGUCUUUAAUUUGCAAUAUAAUUUAACUUGAAUAGUUUCUCAAGGAGCUAAUACAGAAUGUGUGGACAACCAUAGGUGACUGUUCACUAGAGAUAAUUGGAUAUGUAAGAGAAAAAUUAGCUGCCUAAAUUGUAGAGUAUAAAAGCUAUGAAAAUAUCUAUUAUGGUAUAACACAGCUGGCCAAAAAGGCAUAGGAUUACUUUUGAAACUGAGGAAAUCCUGUUUGCAUUGAUUUCCUUUCAGUGUAAUAGAUAUCCACUGUUCAUUACGUAUGUGAAACUGCUUUAAUUUUUUACAUACUUAGUUCUGUUUUUAAGCCAGUGUUCCGUAUAUGUGUAGUCUGGCCUUUUUAUUUCUGCUUAACUUAGCUUGCCCUAACAGCUCCUUGCAUGCCCAGGACCAUUGGGUUGAUUGAGAUGUAGCGAGCCUUUACGAACUGCGUUAAUGAAGGGGUAGUGCUGCAGCAAGACAGAAGGUUUAGGUACAACUUAUACAGAACUUAUUUACAUAGACCUGAGUUCAGGAAAGCACUUAGUUUGUUUUUAAAUAUAAGCCCACGGAUGGGACUCUUUAGAUUCUCAAGUGCUUCAAUGGAUUGUGGUUAUACGCUGUUAUGUUUUGAAAUAAAAAAGCAAUUAAAAAUAAAUUAUUUUUUUAAGCUCACUUACUAGCCAAAGUGCUGUAAGGAGAGCAUCAUUUCUAGUUCAGCUGAGUAUUUUUGUUCAGUUUUCAACUUGCUGCCAUCUGUCACUUUUUUUGCAGAUUGAGAUGUGUUUGUAUCCAUUUUUUUCCAAAUGUUUGCAAAUCAAACAACAUUCAAAUGUAAUCAAAUAUAUGCACCAGGGUGGUACAUCUGAAGUGGAUCACUUGAAAUUCCUGACUUUUUAAGAGAGCUGAUAAAUGUUUACUAUGGAAAUAAUUAAAUCAGAAUUUCAUAUGAGAUGUACCCCGCCCGCUGUUAGUUUCAUUUCAUGCAGAAUGAUAACUCUUUGACUUGUGGGUUUUUUUUUCCUUUUGCUUUCUGUACUCUUGGUAUCUGAGGUAUCAAUCUAUCCAGGUUUAAAAAAUAAUUUGGGAGAAAAUUACAACAUCUCUAGAUGAAAUUGAUCAUUCAAGCUCAGUUCUGUUUAAUCAACUAUAGCUUUUCGCUAUAUUUGUGCCCUUUGUAUAAAUAUAUAAUUUAUAUGAUUUUAAUAUAUUCUGUAUAUGUAUACUUGAAUUGGCCUGUUCAUUUUUUGGUUGUAAAAUUGUUUUAUAGUUAACCUUAUAAACAUUUUACAUGUCCCUUGCCAAUGGUGGUGGGGCGUACU